AUGGAGCAUCUGCCGGACGAGUGCGAGCUGGAGGAGCUGGAGGUGUCCACUGUAGACCUCGAGGCGGAGGAGCCGAGGCUGAUGGAGCAGCUGGCGGCAGCGUGCCGGGACCCAGGCGUGUUCCGGCUGGUCAACCAUGGCGUCCCCAGCGGCCUCACCGCCCGCCUGUUCGGGCUGGCGCGCGGGCUGCUGGAGCUGGACGCGGCCAACAAGUCCCGGCUGCCGGGCUACUUCUGUGGCACGCCGGCGCUGGCGGCGCUGCCCGUCAAACAGCUCAACUGGCUCGAGGGGCUGCACGUCGAGGCCGACGACACCGGCGACCGUUGUCAUUCUUGUCCAGAUGGUGCUGACGGUGAAGCAGGCGGCACUGCCUUGGCGGAGUUCAUGGAGGCGGUGAGCGGGGAGUACGUGGCGCACAUGGCGCGCAUCGCCCGGAAGCUGUUCGACGCCCUGGCCAGCGGCGAGCUGGGCCUGGAUGAAGAGCAGCGCGCGUCGUACCUGACGGAGCGCGGCAGCAUCUUCCGGGCGUACCGCUACCCGGCUACUGCGCCAGGGCGGCGGCGGCUGGGGAUGGAGGCGCACACGGACAGCUCGGUGCUGUCCAUCCUGAACCAGGACAUGGUGGGCGGCCUGCAGGUGCUCUGCCGAGGGCGUGGGGGUCGGGAUAAGGAGGAGGCGAGAUGGCUUGCGGUGCGGCCUGUGGAGGGAGCGCUGGUGGUGAACGUGGGCGACAUGCUGCAGGCGAUGAGCGGGGGCGCGUACCGGAGCCCGGACCACCGGGUGGUGGCGCCGGCCUGGACGGAGGUGGACAGGAUGUCGCUCUGCUACUUCGCGUUCCCGCAGGAGGACGCCGUCAUCGUCGGCGCGGCGUCAGCUUGUCGUCAGGAGGAGGUGUACAGGGGGUUCAGCUACCGUGAGUUCCGGGAGCAGGUGCAGGCGGACGUGAAGGCCACCGGCUCCAAGGUCGGCCUGGCCCGAUUCCGCGUCGCCGUCGGCCAAUCAUAA